AGUCUCUGUUUAAGAAGUCUUGUUUUUUUUAGAAGAAAAAAAUAUUAAAAAUGUGUGUAUCAUUUUAGGAUUUUAGAAGGACAGGUUCAAGAGAGACGCAUGCAUAAUCUUGAAAAAUGCCACCUGAUAAUGAGUCAUUUGAGCUUUCUUAUCCCUUAAGUCCGAUUGGGAAUUGUCCAGUUCAAUCCGUGAUAACUUGGAGUUCAGCUACUGGUGGAUGUUUCGUGCUCACGAAUUAUGGUGCAUCUCUUGCUGUUUUCAAACAUGUUGAAGAAAGGUGGGAACUGUUGUUUGAGUUCGUUGCUUCCGGAUUAGUGAAAAAGUGUUAUCAAAUCGAAAAGGGAAAUGGAAUGGUUCAACUUUUGUUGCAUGUUGACCAGGGAAUGGUGAUUGGUAACCUCGACCUGAAUGAAAAGAAGUUUUCAAUACUGGGUGAGAAGAAAUGUCAGCUCGAGGUCUGUGAAUUUGGCAGAUUUUACAGCAAUCCGGAGGAGGUUGGUGCGGCUACUGUGGAUUCCGAAGGAAAAGUUCAGUUCUACAAGUUUGUGACGAAAGCUACGAAUAGGAAGCAAACUUCGAAUCCGAUACUGUGGUUGAAAAAUAGUUUUUAUCAGUUCACGUUGAGUGAUUUUGGUAACCUUAAAGGCAUCUUCAUAAGACCUCUUUCAGCUGAAAACAACCAAGAAUACGUAAUCUUAAGUGAUUCAAAAGGAAAGAUAGGCGUUUUCAGCUUUGACCCAAGUUACCAUUUAACUUUUGUGUUCCAAAUCAAUGUAGAAACUAGUGUUAUACAUUGCUUAAAAUCUGGAACUAAGUUUAGAGAUAUCAUAGUGUCUGAAUCAAAUGGCUUAGCUUUGUACACUUUUCAGAACGCCAACUACGUCAGAUCGGAAUAUUUGAGUCAUUUAGGACAACUUAAAUCAGAUCUUUACAACGCUGAAUCCAGCAAAAUUGUAGCGACAACUUCGCAGGGUAUUGUUUAUAUUAACACCGACGAAUGGAGAUCAUGUUUGAGGUUAUCAAAUCUUGUAAUUCAAGAGCGCUGUGGGUUGGUUGUAGGUGCAUUGAAGUUGCCAGGCUCAGCUGUAUCGAUUCUUUUAAAAGUUAAAGGACAGCUUUUUUCAGCAAAUGUGGUAAAAACUCAUAAAAUGAGGUCCACCCUGAAAAAAUCAGUUCAAUUUGAAGAAAAACUCCCCGAAAACUGUAAACAAAUUCAAAUCCCAUUAUCGAAGAAGACACUUCCCUCCCCAAAAACACUUCUUCUGAGUGACAUCAUAACGGUGAAAAGUUUUAGCAACUGUGUUGACGUAAGAACUGGAAAGCUUAGUUUUGUCCUGCCAUUGGUUCAAAUUUGCAACCCCACCGGAGUCGACUUGGUUCAGAGUUUGAUCUACUGUCAGCCGAAGGAUUCCCGGAUGGACGACUCUUUCGGUGUUCUAGGCUGCGGAUGGCAGCUGGAGAUUAACUGCAUAUUUAUGCAGGAGGAUUCACUUUUCGGGAGACGCCAAUAUGGAUGGAGGAGAAAUGGUAUUGUAGUGAGGUUGGUUGCUUAUGAAGGUGAAGAAAACCUGCAGCUCUUUGAAGUCCCGGGGUCAGAAGAACCUUUGAAGGCUGAGUAUCGUCCUGGUAACGAAGAAUGGAUUAUCGAAGGGAAAUGUUUUCGAUACCGUUUCGGUAAAAAGGGAGCUCUUCAACGCAGCGUUCGUCAUCGGGAAUGGUUUGCUGAGACAGUUGUGGACUCAAACGGCUUAAAAGAUCUUGUAGUAGCUUGGUAUUUAACUGAGAUCAGCACUGAAAAGUACUUGCAGAAAAUGACUUACGAAACUGAAGAAACCGUUAUCGGAAAGCACGUCUUCAACAACGCUAUUCAUCUGACUUCGAUUCGUGAUAGUUGUAACAACAAAGUUGACUUCUCAUACGCUAGCAAGCAAAAAGGCGAAUGCUCUUCAAGAGUAUUCGACCUACAAAACCACCCUUUUUGUUCACCGUUCUCGUCAAAAUUUCUGCAACAGCUCUCAGUAUGCUCACCACAAUUUAAGAACACCUUCAAAUUCCAAUACGAAGUAGUGGACUCCAAUCGCUACCUGAAAUCUAUAGAGCAGGAUGAAGAACGCCUAGCGUUUUCUUACGGGAGCGCUUCAGCUGAAACGCGAAACUUGAAAGAGAUCGUGUUGCCCGAUGGAAGCUUGUUCGGCUUCGAGUACGAUCAGCUUGAUCACUUGUUUGAUGAGCUACCAGCCAAAGAAGUCACUGCUGAAGUGAACCCAACUGUUAGUUUCACUCGAAGUUUCGUUCUGCUGACCUACAUCGAGUUCCUCGGUUCCCAGCUAAUGUUGGAACUCUACGAUAGGGACAUGAGGCGAAUAGUGCAAAAGCUUCGGGUAGGUCAGCAGAAGAUAGCAACCUAUCAAGUAGUGGUAGACGAAACGAACAUUCUAGCAGCACUGGUGCAUGAAAGUGGAAUGAAGCAAAUUCAUCAUUUCCGACUGGAAAUUGGUGAUGGGAAGUGGCACAGAAAUACUUUGAAGUAUUCAAUGAACAAUGACGAUGUGUUUAAGUUCGGAAACAACUUUCUAGUUGUUUAUAGUCACUCAGAGAUUAAAUGUCUCUACCGCUGGAGUGAUCAAUCCUAUCAUAACGAACAACUUCCAGAGGUGCUGCGUACAGGGAAAGAUAUUUGUUUAACAACAUCGAAUGAGGCUUUUCUAGUUUGCAAUGAUCAGAAAUUAUGGUUGAUCCGAUUUUCCCUAAGAAAUAGCUUAAAGUGUCAUUUACUACUGGAUAAUUUACCCUUAGAACGCUCGAUGGACGCUAUCGAUGUACUGGACUGCUCAGAUGAUCAGCGAUCGAUUUUGAAAAGGACUCUACAAACCUCGUGUGUUUACGCUUUCAACAAUGUAAUAGCUGUUACUGGCGUCGCACUUUAUGAAACGUCUUUUGAGCUGAACAUCUGCCUCAAUCAUUUCGACGAACAGUUCAAAGUUGUUAAACAGGCAAAUUUGAAACAAUUCAUUACCAAGUUUGAAGAACAAUUGGUGCUGGAAAAUUUGACAAUUGAUACGAAAGCCUUUGUUGAAAAUGAGAAAAUAAAAAUUUCUCUACAAGACCUACCAAAAAAUAGAAACCCAACAGAAGACCAAAUUCGCGUUUGUUACGACGAGUUACUGAGGCUUUUCGGAAUGAAAAUCAAUAGUGGAGCGUUUAAGCUUAGCAGAACCUCCGACGGUUUUCGCUGUGGUCAGCUAGAGUAUCGAUACGAUGGUCAACGGUGGUUUUCACUGAUUUUCAAACAGUCAAUUCAGCUUACAAAUCAUCUACGGAUCCAUGAAAAUGAAAAUUUCCUCAAUUUGCUCUCCAGCAAUGGAGUUUGUCUCCAUCAACUCCACCUACCAGAAUUGAGAAACUUCCUUCCAACAGAUUAUUUCAUAGCAUAUCAAACUGAAAAUGAGCUCAAGUGUAUAAUCUGGGGUUCCAACAGCAAAAACUACCAAAUCAUCGAUCUCCCGAGCAAUGAAUCACUCCUAUCGGUUACCGAUCAGCAGUUGGUUACGUUGAGGCACACCGAUAAUGCCGAUGAAAGCUACAAAAAUAUCCUAACCUUCCGAAAUGUGGCACUCCAACAGCAAACGCUCGACUGCCGUGUCUUGAUCCGAUCAUCGCUCCACACAGAUGAUACUAUUUUCCGCAACGACUACUACUACUCACAACCAACCAUUGAUCCACUAGCUGGGUUGCUUUUUAACCAAACGUGCAAAACUCCUCAAUCGGGUGAAGGCUACGGAUGGGUGAAGUAUUCGUCGAGCGACGGUGCAGAGUCGGAAGAGUACUACGAUGAAGAUGGAAAGAUGGUAUACAACAGUAGGUCACGCAGCGUGUCGACAACAACUAAUACUACGAGCAGUGUUUUGUGCGGACGCAACGGGAGACUGGAGAUUGUGGACUGUUCACCGUAUCGUGGCCAAGAUGGACAGGUCAUCUACCACGGUUUUGAGGAGUACGAGGUCAUGCCGGGAGGUUGGAAGUACUCUAGUGGAACCAUUGUGCGGGAUGAAUUUGCCGCCACUGGAAGAAGCUAUCUGCGGAUUGAGAAAGGAGGUUACCUCUCUGGUCGAGUUCGAGCAGAGCCUUGUGCUGUUUCGUUUAGAUUCGUUUGUCUGAUGAGGUGUUCUAUUGAAGCUUUUGAGAUUGGAACGGAACUGUCCGCAGUUCAAUUCGAAGUCAAUGGUAAAACAACCCAUGCAACGCCGAUCAAAAAGUUGAAGGAUUGGUUGCUGGUUAGAAUAGAUGUUCAAGACGUUGAAGAUCAUGCAGAAAUAUCCUUCAAGGUAGUGUCAAGAGCUUCGAUCGAUGUAGAUUUUUUUUGGUGCGCUCCAGCUGACUUUAAUCUGAAGGCCAAAAUUUAUGACGACUUAACGGGGAAUCUUACCGGUGAAAUCGCAGCCAACGGACAGAUGAAACGGUACUUUUACAAUGUAUGUGGAAGACAGUCCUUGAUAACUGACUUCGAACGCAAUCUCGGAUCGAUGAUUGUUUUUUCUUCUAAGUUCAAUAGUCACGGGCUGAGGAUGAAGGUUCAGAUUGAUCCAAUGGACGGAUUUUUGGAAUCAUUCAGCGGGAUCGAUGUGGCGCUGCAUUGGAAACUAUCCGACAUUUCGAAUGUCGAAGUACGUUCGUACAGACUUCUUCACAGUGGCAAUCAACCUACUGAAAUGAAGUUGUUGCAGUCCGAUUUAUUGAAGAGCUCUUUCGCAAUCGGUUGUAGUUUUGACCUAGAAAAAGAGUCUAAAGUUUGUGUUGCGAUUGGUGAACUGGGGUUAACCAUUAGGAGAAUGAAAGCUGAUGUAUCAGAAUUAGUGUUUUUAUCAGAUCCAAUGUGUGUUAAAUCAAUCGGAAGUCUACUAGUUUGUAGCUUCCAAGACCGGAUUUUAGUGUUCAUUGAUGGGGAAAUCCUGAUUGACAGUUGUACUCCUUCAACGGUUGAUAAUCGUAGUAUUUCAUUCACAUUUAUCGGCCAGCUUGAACUCAACAAUCUUUUCGUAGCUUCGAAACCAUUGCUUAGAGUACAGUAUUUAGAUCAAACCGAGCUGUUAAUCCAAGAGCUCAAAAUUACUUCCGAAAAUGAAAUUGACGUGCAGGAAACAGUAUACGACGCUAUCCGUCGUCCCACUCAUCGAACCGUUUGGACAAGGAUACCUGUUGAUCCAAACGCUCCACUAAUUCGCUUCUACGAUGAAUUUGUUUCCAACAUAGAUCAAAACGGAAUGAGCGGCAUGGUUUCGGAUCUUAAUCCCUCCCACGAAGGUUAUCCGUUUUUCAAAUACGAUUACGAAAAUGCGCCCACAACUCGACGAAUUCGAACCGGGUUGCCUGGAAAAUUUCACCGAGCCAAUGGGCCGUUUGCUGCAGAAAGCUUGUUGAAGCGGAACGAAUGCGCUGACAUCCUCGAGCGUCUGUUUCCAUCGGAAGGAGGCUUCGACAAAGUAGCUUUUCGUGAUGCGACGGAUGUGGUGAAGACUCGUGUCCUCGACAGUCGUGGUAACAAGGUAGCGGAAUAUGUGAAAGCAAUGGGUACUAAUCAUCAGCUUACGACUUACGAAUUUGAUGAAAGGAACAAUUUGGUUGCGAAACUUACACCGAAGUAUCACGAGCAAGCGCAAACGUUUUUGCGGUUGGAACCUUGGAAAUUUGACGAAGCAGACCUUGUUCAAAGACGAUGGUCUGUUCGAUAUAGCUAUGAUAGCAACGGUAAGUUGACGGAAGAAAGCGGUCCCGAUAAAGGAAGCAUCAAAUAUCAUUACGAUAACGGUCGUUUGGUUCGCAAAGAACACUUGGGUACGGUAAUUUGUUAUGGAUACAACAGCGUAGGUGAAAUCAAUCAUCAACAUUGUGAUGGAGUGUCCAGACAAAUGGAAGUGGUUCACAAAGAAGGAAAGACAAUUCGUAAAAUAACCUCGGACGGCCUUGUUGAGAUGAGAAUGUUUGAUGUAUGCGGUUUGCUCAUUGAACAACGGGACGAACUGGGUGGUAAAGAAAUGGGCAGUAUGCGCUACUUUUACAAUAAAGAGAAAGUUUCGAAAAUUUUCUAUCCCAAAGAGAGCCAGUUGCAGCUGAUCCGAACUUACGAUCCGCAUGGAAAUUUGAUUGGAAUUGGUGUUGCCACGGACAGAUUCAGAUUCAUUCAAAAUAUCUUCAACGCUUCCGGAUUACUUGUGAAACAGCUUCACAAAGCCAACGAUGGACAAGUGUUCGAGCGAGAGUUCAAAUACAGCGAAGCCCUCUACCCAACCGGUAUCGAUGAUCCGUUUUUUGCUCAAACAAUCAGCUAUGGAGAGAACAGCUACGGCGGGCUCGAAUACGGUGGAAGAAAGAUGAACGCGGUUGAGUUCCGAGCAAAAUGGGUCAACCAAUGUGAUUCGGAAGUGUUUAAGCUUCAAAAGAGCAGCUUAAUAAGCAGUGAAAUAUCUAAACUUCAAGCUGAGACAUAUUACCAAAUUCUCCAACAGAAAGAAGUUAUCGAUAAAAAUGGUAAUGUGGUCAAAUCAUUCUACCCAUUGAAGUUUUCGGACAUUCCGACAUCAAUGGUUGAAGAAACUUCCGUUCAAAAGGCGCUCAACCAGGUUUUCACCAACAGAUGGGGCUAUCGAUGUGAUUACGGCAACCACGAUGAAUUGCUACGUGCCAAGUAUUACCAAACGGGAGAUGCCGGGUUUUCCUUGAAACCGUUAACUAUUCGUAGCUUUGUAGACAUCGCUGAAAUUGAAAAAACGCAAUGUGAAGAUCUGUGGAACGAACUGGUUGAGGGCGAAUUCAUCAUUGUUGACGACGUCCAUGGACAUUUGGAUUCCUCUCACGGAAAAAGAGGAGUCAGCCUGUUGGAUGAAAACAUUAAAUGCCUGUUGAUUGAUUCGCGAGAAGAAAACGCAUGUUACUUUAGGAGAGUGGAAAAUUUGAUUUUGUACAGUAUUGCUAACAGUAUCGAGCUUACAGAGGAUAUGUUCAUCCAGCACUUCCAAAAAUGGCACAUACCGAUGAACAGCGAAAGCUUUGCAGAGAGUCUCAUCCCUUUAGCGAAGGACAUUUGGCGAUUGCUCUCUUCCCACAGAUGGAUCGGCACGGAUUCCGAUUGCAGUCUGGGAGCGUUGUCUCCGAAAUUCCGCAAACACUUGGCAAACUUCUCGGGUCACUGGCGAGCGAUAGUUAAAAUUCUGCACGAAAGCUUCGUGCAAUCCCUCGGAACCAUUCCGGGAGAUGUGGAGUCUUACGAAAUCGAUGCCAAUGGCAAUCACGGAAGCUUCAAAGCCGGCUCCCGAUGGUACGAUUUCAAAUAUGAACCGUACAGUAAUCGCAUUCAAUCGGUGCUCAUUCAAGACUACGUGGAGCGAGGUCCUUAUCGUAUGAGCUACGACGAAAAUGGAAACGUUACUGAAGCGAUGCAUAAAAAUAUCUGUAAAAUAACCUAUGAUAAACUGGUUAAUCGAGCCUCACAGUUUGAUAUGUCGGACGGUGCGGUGGUAAACAUCAAAUACAACUUUUCUGGGGAGCGGAUUCAAAAAUGUGUAAAAUAUCCAGACGGCACCUCAACUGAACGAUACUAUAUGAGGAACAACGAAGGUCAGUGUUUAGCAGACUACUACACCUUACUCAGCGAUUCCGGAGAAACCAUUGACAAAUUUGCAACAUUUUAUAUUUACGAUGACCAUCGACUAAUCGGGUUCUAUAGAGAAGCCAAGUAUUUCAACGUCCUAACAGAUCACGAAGGUUCUAUUCGUGUCGUCCUCUUGGACGGUCGUGUCGUUGCGGCUUACGACUUCAUGCCUUAUGGACAAAUACUGCGUCAGUAUGAAGCAGAUCAGAGAAGUGGCUGCAUAUUCUUAUUUACCGGACAAGAGUUUGAUCGAGAACUCGGUCUAUACAACUAUCACGCUCGUCUCUACGAUCCAGACAUCGGCCGGUUUCUGCAGGUUGAUCCCUUGGAACAGUAUGCUAGUCCCUACAAAUACGCCGGCAAUUCUCCUCUCGAUAUGGUCGAUCCCGAUGGGCGGUUCGCGUUUCUGAUUCCGCUUACGAUACUCGGAACCGCAUAUCUCGGAGGACUCAUCUACAAUAGCAACGCCAAGCCGUGGGAAUGGGAUUGGAAGGAUAGUGGAACUUGGUUUUCCGUUAUAGGCGGAGGAGCCCUCGGAGGUGUUACCGCAGGGAUCCUAGGGCUAGCUGGAACCGGAGUGAUCCUUGGUGCAUAUUUGGGUGGAGCGAGCUCGGAAAAGAACUGGUUUCCCCGCCAAUGGGAAUGGAGCAAAAUGACCUGGUUCGGGGUUUUUGCUGGUGGAGCAGCCGGGGCACUGCUACCCUUCACGUGGUCCACGCUGGUCAAAUCUACGGCUGCAUCUCAAAGCACGAUGGCCUUCACAAUAUUCGGAGCAGUUAUCUACGCUGGCGGGAACUACACGGUCAAUUGGAUCAAAUUCAAGAGCCCCAACCCCCUGGAUUGGGACUGGAGCAAACCGGGAAUCUACUUCCGGUUGUUUGCCGGUUUGACAAUGGCUUUCAACUUUGCGAACAGUGCGUACUCCUGCUAUAACUAUCUCUCUCAGAUGAAUGGUGUGGUGAACUUUUUUGGGGUGGUGGAAGUGGCUCCUCAAUCGUGGGUAACGCAGCUGGAAUUUUCGGCUGAAUCAUUGGUACAGGCUCAAACUUUGCUCCAGCAAGCCUUCCCACACGCCGUCAAAGCUGCAGGGUUCGUGGUAGCGUUCAUGAAAUAAUUGUUUCCCUAGCCUGUUGUUGAAGAAAAGGGUUGUUUUGUAUUAACGCAUCUAUAAAUACAGUAGAACCCAGCUUGGCUUUUUGAAUACAUGGAUCUUGUAUGAAAAUGGUGGCUUAUAUAACGCAGAGGGUCGGAUAAGUGAGGUUUGAUUAUUACGUUAGCUUAGCAAAAACCUGUAGAAUGAAUGCUUUGUA